AUCGCCUGCAGCGACUUGUUUUCAUCACAAGACCCCGGCCAGUAUUUACGCAACAAACGUCUCAUACCUGGGUAUGAACUGGUAUGUGUGCACCUUUCAGUAUAAGGCAAAGGAAGAUACUUAGGCUAGUGCCGAAAUGCACAAUUAAUUCCCCGACGGGCCAUAGGUACUACUAUGUAUCGCUCACUCUAUUUGAUGACUGAUCUCCCUAACCUGAGGCAUAGAUUUGGUGCUGACCCCGCAUUUACUAAUGAUGCCACAACUUGAACUCGGCCAUCUCGAUCUACGUUUAACAGCCAACAGCCAACAGCCAACAGCCAACAACCAACAACCAACAACCAACACGACAACUCAACUUCCUUGAUUCAACCCACCAAUCGUGUCUACAUUUGGGACUCCGACUUGGACAACCAACAUAAUAACCUCUUUGAUCUACACUUGGCGCUGCGCUUUGACAGUCAGCUCGGAGAUUUCCUGAUUCAACCUGCCAGCUGCAGUUUACUUUAGUACUGCGCUUCGACAACCAGCCUUGAACUGUGGCUUUUGAAAAAGGGACAACAAGUAAGAGUCUAGACAAGACCAACGAGUGAAAAGAAGAUAAAUAUCCAGCUUAUUCCGCUCCCCAAGAGUCCCCUCUACUCCAGCAUGACAUCCAGAAACCUCAACAAGACCUGGCGCGAUAUUGUCUUUGAACAGUACGAAGCCGACUACGCAGCUGACGUCCCCUUUCCCAUCCGCUACUUAAUCUACGGCGACCAGUGGAAAACAGAUAUCCUUAUUGAGAUCCCCACCAAGAUUGACGUGCCUGUCUUCCGUCAAGCUCUCCUCCACGCUGCUAGUUCUAGACGCCUUGAAAACGACCCGGCGUACGAAGACGACCUAAUCAAGGUCCGAGCACGUGUUCCGCCUUCUGCCCAAAGCAACAAUGAUGCUCACCCGCAAGACGGCUCUGCUGCUGCUGGCAACAGUGGCUAAUGCUUGGAAGUUUACUAUUUAUGGUGACGGCGACUGCGAGUCGACUCCGUCGGGUGACCUUCGAGGAGAUGGUAAUAAAGACUGUACCAGUAUUCCGAAUCCUCAUAGAGGGUUCUGGCUUGAAGAUAUGGGUAACUGCCAAAUUGACCUGUAUGCUAACGAGGACGACUGCGAUGAUGGCGUACCGCAGCAGUUUUAUGAUGCGACCAAUCAGGGCGUCUGCAUUGGUCCUCAGUUCCAAUGGGAUUACUAUACUGUAGUCGGUUGUUAGGAAGUUCUAUCAUACUAGCAUUUUGUAACUAAAGGCAUAAGCUAUAUAUUAGGUAGUUUCAAGUUUGAACUAGCCUCAUCUGUAGUGCCUAUUUGGCGAUGUGAAUGGACCUGUUCUUAGACUGACUUGAUAUCUUUGAGAGUGCCUGUGUGGAUAGAAGAACAACAUGACGAUAGCCUAAGGAGGGUAACGGACUGGCUCGGGCUUUCGCACUUUCCAGACAGUAACCGAUUGCGUCUGUAUUAGUCCAGACCGAAUCAGCCAUUAUUAUCAUGCAUCAAGUCGACCAUACUCGAACUUAACCAGCGAGACAAUCCUCAAGACAAGUAUACACGAUGGGCUACAGCACUAUUACCCAUAGCUUCACUAUCAUUGCCUUCAUCCCUUACGCUCCAUUCGAAUACAAGCACGAAGUAUUCAUUCAGCACAGUGUGCACGCGCAGGGGAUCAUAUAAACGCCCGAUAAGCAAUUUAGGCCGCGACAGCACCCAUCGCGCUCUGGAUCAUCACGAGGACGUCUGCGAUUGCCUCUAAGAUCUGCGCGCCCUUGUGGCCUUUGGAAUUCUAUA